GGAAAUCGUUCGAUGUAAAUACAAAUGGCCACCUAGGUAAAGCUGUGGAAAGAAACUGACGUUCAACCAGUACGGAUUAUUUAUACAGUGGAGUGGCCAAAAGUGUUACUGGCCUAAUGAACAUCGCAGCUAAAACCGAGGACGAGCAAUCAGAGCUGCUAUUUGUUAACUUCAAUCAAGAUUGCACAUCAUUGGCUAUUGGGACAAGGACCGGUUACAAGUUGUUUUCCCUUAGCUCGGUAGAUAAAUUGGAACAAAUAUAUGAAAAUGAAAAUGAAGAUAUAUGUAUAGUAGAAAGACUUUUCUCUAGUAGCUUGGUAGCAAUUGUAAGCUUGUCCUCUCCAAGGAAACUGAAAGUAUGUCACUUCAAAAAAGGCACAGAAAUAUGCAAUUACAGCUAUUCCAAUUCUAUACUGGCUGUAAGACUAAAUCGACAGAGACUCAUCGUUUGUUUGGAGGAGAGUUUGUACAUUCACAAUAUUCGGGACAUGAAAGUACUUCACACAAUACGUGACACACCCCCAAAUCGGAAUGGACUUUGUGCAUUAUCUAUAAACAAUGACAAUUGUUUCUUAGCUUACCCUGGUAGUAAUCAAAUUGGAGAAGUUCAAAUAUUUGAUACAAUGAAUUUAAGAGCAGUUAUAAUGAUACCGGCACAUGACAAUCCAUUAGCAGCACUGGCAUUCAAUAACCAAGGCACUAAAAUAGCUACAGCUUCAAAAAAGGGUACUGUGAUACGAGUGUUCUCUGUACCAGAGGGACAGAAGUUAUUUGAAUUUAGAAGAGGAGUGAAAAGAUGUGCAAGCAUCCAUUCAUUAGCCUUCAGUGUAGACUCCAUGUUCUUGUCAGCAUCUAGCGACACUGAAACUGUUCAUGUCUUCAAACUUGAGAUUCCAAAGGACAGACCACAAGAAGAGCCACAGACAUGGGUGGGUUAUUUUGGACAGGCUCUGAAAUCCUCUGCAACAUACUUGCCAUCACAGGUCACAGAGAUGUUUAAUCAGGGGAGAGCAUUUGCUACAUCUAGACUUCCUACAUCAGGUCUGCGGAAUGUGUGUGCACUCACUAUUAUUCAGAAAGUGCCCCGUUUGUUGGUUGCUUCUCAAGAUGGAUAUCUUCACAUCUACAACUUGGACCCGAAUGAAGGAGGGGAGUGUAUGUUGCUGCGACAACACAGGUUGGAUGGAAAGCUUGGGGAAGUUCCAGGUGAGACAACUUCCCAGGACAAACCUCUUACCGCUGCCGGGACAAGCUACGCAUCUACUGUUCGACGACCAGACCCCAGUCCCCCGGGAACGGCUACACCCGUACCACCAGGUAAGCCCUCGGGGACCGGCGCCCACUUCCCACAACCACCCACCACAUACUCACCUGUGGCCCCCAGCCCCAGGAACAGCUAUGCCAACAUGGUGAAGAAGAUGGGAGGGCCACAGGAAGUAGCGGUGGGGUUGGACGAUGAGCAGGAUCCCAUGGAUAUUAUUGAUGAAAUUCUCAGUGGUGCAGAGUCCCAGCCUUACCAGGAGGUGGAUCAAGGUGCUAUGGGUGGUGAUGGCAGUGGCUCUCCAGGCCUUGGUCAACUCCGACUGGAUGAUGAUAAUGAGUUUCCACCAAUGACCCACAAGAAUGACUGAAACCAUGGCACCACCUGGUUACCAGAAUUACCCAGAAGUCUAAGGAAUUGGAGAAUCAGUUGAACCCUCUGCAGAGCUCAGAAAACAGAUCUAAAUGAUCUGUUGGAGUAAUGUUACAGAUGUAUUAGCAUGGUGGAUACAUAAAGCAUUAGUAAUGCACACUCCAACACCAUAAAAUGUCAAUGAUAUCCAAGUAAUAUCAUCCAAGACAAACAAAUUUUCUGUAAAAAAAAAAAUGAAGCUUUUCAUGUAAAUGGUAUAAGUGAGAUUUUAUCACAAAUGUAAUUUCUUCAUCAGAAAAAUAUAAAAAAUCAUGAGCACAUUCACAUCUUGACGGUGUCCAUGUGAAAAAGGGUUUGAUGGUUUUAAUUAAAGGAAACCAGUUACAACAUUCCAAACCUGGUCUGAUAGGCGUUGGAAAUCCAUUACUACAUCUGUUCAUAUUUACUUGCUCUGUAUGCUUAAAUUUACUUUUCAGCUGCCUAUUUUGUCUUAGAAAACUCUUCCUGAAAGUAAAUUAAUAAAAUUUAUAAUAUUUUUGACUCCCUUAAAUUGCAAGUAAUUGUAUUAAGAUUAGAACAAGAUUGCUAUAGAGGUUUCAUAAUUUUUGUCAUGAAACAAAAAGCUUUUAAAGAAAGAAUAUUUACAUGUCAAAUACCAAAACUGACUUGAGGUAAUAAUUUUUUUUCAGCUGGCUUGAAAGAUUUGUAAAGUUGUGUACAUUCAUGUACCUGACUUUUCUGUGUCAGUUUUAUAAACUAAUCAAGGCAACUAGUUUUGUUGGUGUUUGAUAUGUAUAAAUUAAUUUUUUCUUACUGAGUAAUUAAAGACAUGCUAUGUGAUUGUGAUUUCCUUAAAAUUGGUGAAAUAAUCUGACUGAAUGCACCAUACUGUAUGUAUGAAGAGUGAUUGUGAUUUGAACUUAAAGAUUUAACUCUUUGUCUUCCUAACAUUUUAGCUAAGAACUACUUGUAUAUGGCACCAACUCUUUCUGUCCUUGCAAAUUUAUGAGAUUAAAUUUUUCUUUGUCAUUACCAGUCGAUGAAUUUAUCUUGUACGCUGUUUAGAGCUUGCUGUACUUGUGAUAAGUGUUUUGGCUGUGUACACCUGCUAUGAGUGAUAUUUGUUUAUCGUUUUCCUGAAUGUUUAAUGUUCGGCUGUACAGCACAACUGUUCUUGGUGUUAUAGACAGUAAACGUUCAGUAGGAAAAACCUCCUUACUGGUACAUUAAUGUAUCAAGUAAGGUAACACAUCAGAUAUAGUAGUUCAAUCACACAUAAUUUAUAUUUGUUAUAAACAUCGUCUCUCAUACUGCUAUCAGAUUCAAUCACACCUAACAGGAUAGCAUGGACAUGUCACACUACAUGGUAAUAUUAGUCGGCAUCACUCUCAAACUUGUGCGGGCUGAUUUAGACAUUUAUACAUUCAGAGUUUUCUACUCAAGUACAAUGCACUUGCUGAACCAUUGAUGACCAUAUAUGGUAAGUAUUGUUAUUGGAUACCAGUAUAUUUAUAGAAUGUGUUACAGACAACUUCAUUUGUAACCUCACAUAUAUCUGGAAUCCAAGGAAUUUCAGUGGUACAUACAGAAGUAAUCUUCAGUGUAAUAUAGACCAAAACCCUGUAUACAGACAAGCUUUAAACAGUAUGCAUAUCCAUGGGUGGAUGGUCAAACCUAUUCCAGUACAAUAUACAGGUAUCCUGUUGUAGAACAAGCUUUUUUACCCAGGAUGAGAAUAACUUGAGCAUCAACUUCAUCUGGGAAAGUUUGGUAAACAUAUGAUUAACACUUUGUGCAUAUAUGACUUGAGUUUGAAAGCCUGAUGUACACAUGCUGGAGGUCUACAGAACUAUGCCGGUUAUCAUCAUACCAUCAAAAUUAGAAAUCAUUUUUAACGUAGUAUGUUUUAGUGGUACUUUUUUAAAAGGAAUUUCAUAAACAUAGAUCACGUCUUUAUAUUAAAGACUUAAUAUUGGAGCGUGGUUUUAUUAAAAUUACGGCCACAAAAUGUUCACUAUCUUGGCUAUGUCAACGCUCUAUUAUAACAUACAGUCUACACUACCAUGCUGCAGAUUAUAUUGUAGGUGUGAAGAUAGUCUGCCAAUACAAGAGAAGGGGUCAUAUGGAUGUUACUGCAGUAACACAACGUAGAAAAAUGGCACACUUGUGUUCUAUUUAUUUCUGGUGCAGUUGACUUGGAGGUUUUCUAGUCACUAAAUGUUACAAAUUAAUAAAAUCAACUGGACAGACGUCAGCUAUCAGUUAAUUAGUCCAUUUAAACAAAAUAUGUUUACAUGAUAUACUUUUGUAUUUUUUCUAAUUCUUCUGAUUAUCUAUGUAUUAAAUAUUAUGUAAAAGUCAACUUGGUCCGUUUUGUGAUAAACGUGAGGAUUGGACAGAAUGUAUACUUUUUGUCCAUGGAUGCGGCACUCCUGAACUGCUUCCUGUGUACCAACAGGGACCUGUAACAAUAUGUCAGAAAUGUUUUAUGUAUAUUUAGUCUGUUUACGAGAUGUCAGAUUUAGCCGACACCUGUUAUCUGUACAGGGUAAUUGUACAUCUUUUUGAGGAAGUAAUAUUUCGAAAGCUGUUAAUAAAUAUGUCUUAUGACGCCAUAA